AUGGCGGGCGUGCUGUUCGAGGAUAUUUUCAACGUUAAAGACAUCGAUCCAGAGGGGAAGAAGUUCGACAGGGUGAGCAGGCUCCACUGCGAGUCCGAGUCCUUCAAAAUGGACCUGAUCCUCGACAUCAACAGCUGGCUCUACCCUAUGGAACUUGGUGAUAAAUUUCGUUUGGUUCUCGCGACGACCUUGAGGGAGGACGGCUAUCCGGAUGGAGGGGAGUGGAACGCGACGGAACAGGAAGGCGGUUCCAGAGCAGACAGCUUCGAGUACGUGAUGUCCGGCAAGGUUUACAGAAUCGAAGGUGACGAGGCCAGCAAUGAACCCAGCAGUAGACUAUCUGCCUACGUAUCCUUCGGGGGAUUACUGAUGAGGUUACAGGGUGAUGCAAACAACCUACACGGUUUCGAGAUCGACCAGCAUAUGUACCUACUCAUGAAGAAAUUAGCGUUCUAACUGCAUGUCACA